GAUGUCUUGGCCUUAAUUGUCAAAUAUAAGAACAAGAAAUUGGAAAAUGCUAUAGUUGUCUUAGUCAUUGAUGGCCUGCAAAAUACUAUAAGCGAUAUAAAUGAUAGACACAAUAAAAACUCUUCGUUUUACAAAACUUUGACUAAUAUUGAAGAUCUUUCGUUAAAGAAACCUUCCUGCUUAUCUUUACUAAAACCUAUAACUGUUACUCAUGAUAGCAUUAUAAAAGAUAUUUUUGAUAUAAAUAAUUCUAUUAUAAGGCUUCUUGUCAGCAACUGUGCCAAGCAAAUAGUACAGGCUGUGUUAACUCACAAGCUCUUAAAUCCAUAUAAACCUAUCGAAGCUAAAUCAACUCUGACACCUGAUAAAGUUACUUAUACUGGAAUGUUUCAUUUUGAAAAAGUUGGCAAUUCCAAUUAUGGAUUUUUCACUAUGCCAUAUAUAUGGCUUUGGAUAAUGAACUGGGAUGCUUAUUUUGGUCCAUUUGCUGGUAGGGCUUUUAUAUUUGCAGUUAAAAGUUCCCCGAAUAUCAAUGCAGCUGGUCAUGUACAACUCGAAUUAGUGAGCCAAGUUAGUAAGAUUCAAGCAGAACAAAUAAUUACAAAAAGACCAUUUCACAACAUUCAAGAUGCGAUGAAUAAAACAGGAUUUGAUUUUCUAGAUUCUACAAAUGCUCUGUAA